AUGGUAACCUGCAUGUUAUUCAACAGCUUGUAUUUGUACAUCUGCCUUAUUCUGAUUCUUAUUGGUCCGCUGUGUUACGGACAACAGUUAAUACAUGGCUUUUCUGGCAGGAUUGGCGCCGGCAACUAUACCUACUAUAGAUUGGCAAAAGAAGGUGCCAUGGCCCUUGUACUAGAUACCUUAGAAGGGGAUGCUGAUAUUUAUAUCUCAAGUUUAACACUGGCUCCAUCUUUUGAAGAAUAUGAACUGCAAUCAGCAACAUGUGGUCAAGACAUAGUGGAAAUACCUAUGGAAAUGUCUCGUCCAAUUGGCGUUGCUGUUUAUGGCCAUGUUUCGUGUAUGGAGUCUUCGUAUCGGUUAAGUGUAUUGGUGGAUAAAGUGGAUUCUUCCGAACUGUCUAAUUCCAAAAAUCAGCACUAUGAAACAGGAGAAGAGAGUCUCCUUUGGACUAUUUUUGUAAAUAUUCUUAAAAUCCUAUUUGAUGUAUUAGUAUGA